AUGCAUAUGCAUUUUACACCAACAUCGGUCUGCUCUGCCUUUCAAGUCACGCCGUUUUGGGGCGAAGAGACACAUACAACAGCUGGCUUUUAUGGCCUUCCUCGAGGCAGUCCUUUGUUUCUUAUGAUCACCUUGUCAUUUGAAGCACUCAAUUCCUGUCUCUCGUCUUCAAAGGUUUGUAAUCAGUCUCCAAUGCACACUUGUGAAUACUCGCAAAGGGUAGUUGACGAUAUCGACGCUCAAAGCUAA